UUCAACUGGAAGUUCGAAGAUGUUUUUCAGGACAUCCAGCUUACGCGCUGUCCUUUUGGCGACUUUGUUGCUGGGCUUAUCGGUGACUAUCAAAGGCCAUAAUCACCACAGGAAAGGAAAAUUAGACGAAGAUCUCUUUCUGAAUGCGUUGGUUGAGGAUGAUUUGGAAAAAGAUGUCGAAGACAGCUCUGGUGACGAAGACAUUAGCGAUUGCGACAGUCUUGCUGUUCGGAGGAACACAGACGAAUAUGUCGAUCGAGUUCUACGAGAAGUUCGGCCGAAGAUCCCCGAACUCUUCCCCCUUCCCGAACGUACCGGACGAUUCCGUCUGUUCAACGGUUCCUUGACCAACCUCCGGACCAUGCGCCGGACGGGUCCGGCAAUGGUGCGCUGCACCGACUCCACCCUCAGUUUCCUGGUACCCAUCGGCUUCCGGAACCUGACCGGAAGCUAUUUCUGGGAGACCGACACCGGGGUACCCGUGUUCCGUGGGCUCAUCAACGUCUUUGCUGGUGAUGUUGAAGCUGAUGUGAUGUACUCCCGUUUGAGGAACCAGGCUGCAGAGCGAGAGGAUUCCACCAAGGCCACAGUCGACAAUCUGAGGAUCACCAAGUUGGAAGGGGUGCGAGUUAGUUUCGACGGGCUGGGAGUUCUGAAUAGAUUUGCCUCUCGUCUGUCGAAUCUUGUUGCCAGAUUCUUCAGUCGAGCUAUGUCAAGAGCUAUUGAAGGCCCACUGAAGAACAUGAUUAACAAGGAGCUGAAGGAUGUUGAUAAGUAUGAGAAGUAUUAUUUCUAAAAGGAUUUUAAAAUGCAAGUGGGAAAAUCCAACUAUUCUAAAAUCCCACACUGGAAAAAAAAAAAAAAAAAAAAAUUAUGGAGCCAAAAUAGCAAAUAUAUUGUAACUUUCAUCAGGGAAAUUAUAAUUGGGUUACGAUUUCUGUUAAGAAAUACAAAGGAAAUUCCAAUUCCUGAUUAAUAUCCAACGUUAAGAGCUUGUCCUCGAAUCGUCAAAAUAACAAUUAGCACAAAGCUAAAAUUUACUCGAAAUUGUAAACUAAAGACUAGUGUAAACUAGUGGAACUAGUGUAAACUAAAGACGAAUACCAGUAUACUGACAAUAGUCAGUAUACUAAAGACGAAUAUAUAUGACAUGAAAUAAUUCAAUUAUUUUUGCAAA